GCCAUCGGUAGGCAUCGGUAGCCAUAGCACAUGCAGGGAUUCCCUACUGUACUGUCUUCACGCGAAGGUGUUUUACUGUCCAUACUAAAUGGUAAUUGAUAACACCAGUUAUUCUACUGUCCCAAAGCUGUUACAUUCAGACCUGAUGGUAAUAUGGAUCACAGGAUAAAGUCAUACCGGGGAUUUUAUCCCCACCACAUGAUACGUAAGGCCCAAAACACUCUGGCAUACAGCAUAAGGAAUUCAAAUAAUCGUUUCAUAAGACAAGUCCUGCAGAAAUGUGGAUUGACACCCUACUCAUAUGAUGGCUCCCAAUUCCAUUAUCAAAAUAUACCACAACCUCACAAUGAUUUAUGGCAUGAUGAUGCAUUGAAGUACAAGUAUACCUUCCCAUGGUCUGAAGGAUGCCAUGCUAGUCAUAAUGACAAAGACUCUUACAUAUCAAGAGAUUUUGCCCCACAGCAAGAUGAUGAGCCUGAGUUACCUGAAUCGUCACAAAUCCUUUAUGACAAUUUAUGGUAUGAGGACGCACUGGGAUCUACAGAUUAUGGGUAUUUAGAUUUUACAGAUUCAGAACCAUCAGGGAGUUCUGCAUCAGGUGGAAGUUAUAGGAAGACAAAAGUCUCCAAAAAUGAUGGAAAAUUAUGUAUGACAGUGACUUGUGAUAGUUCUGACAAACAGUUCCCAGAGCUGAAGAAAAGAAAAACUACAGAUGAUUCUUUUCAUGAUUGUAUAACAAUUUCUGAUACUGAGCAACAAGUAGACCUGACAAACGACAGUGAUGAGCCGACAGUGGUUGAGAAGCCAAAUGCAAGACAACGGGAAAACAAAACUUCCAAAAGAAAAUAUCCCAACAAAGAAUCUGAUGAAAAGAUUCCCAUUGAAACCAAAGGCAGUGGAUCAGAACCACCUGAUUCCAAGAAAAAACGAAUUCAGUUCAGUCAAGGUCUGGUGUGUGACUAUUGUGGUCAUGUGGUGACCUAUAAGUUAGAUCAUCACAAUCGAAAGGCCGAAGACGAGAUGAAGAGUCAUUUCUUGAGGAAUAAACAUAACUCAGCAAGUUUAGCUAAGAUUCAAAUGUCAAAUGAGAACACAGAAAAGGCUGUAACUAUCCUCAAGGAAAGUAUUCUCAUCACUUCCACAGACAAACAUGUUGCGCUCGUCAACCAGAUCGUUCCGAUGUGCCCCAAGAAGGGUUGUAACAAAGUACUUGGGACAAUAUGGGCAUGUGCAAAACACUAUGAGAUGUGUCAUGACCCUCAUAUCUCCAGUCGCUAUGGAUUGGCAAAUGUUGUUGCCCUCAAAACAAUUUUGUUCCCAGCUUUUAACACUUGCAGUACAUGUAAUUUUUCAUGCUCUCGUGCCUCAAAAUUGCACAAACAUUGGAAAAGUACACAACAUUUGAAAGGCUAUUUACCAAGUUCGAAAGAACAAGUGGCCCUGUACUUCUGUCCCUACUGUACCCAACUCCACUACAACUUCUCUGGUUGCAGAACGCACAUAAUGACGAAGCAUAAACCCAAUGGAGAUGCUUCAAUGCAAGUGGUAUUCAUCAACUCUAACUCUGAUCCUCUGGAACUGCUGCCCAUAGAACCAAGACCUGCGGAGGCUCAAGGGAAACGUGAGCUGAAUGUUUUGGUAAACAUGCAAAAGGGUGCCAAAGUGUAUGGUAUUACUAAAGUAUCCAAAAGAAAAAUAAAAGCAGAAAAGAACCAAUGUAAACAAAGAUUCCAUUAUGAGGGGGAAGAUUUUAAGAAAGACAAAGCCUAUGCAUACUUCAAAAGACGCUGUAAUCGUGUGUAAUGUAUGCCAUCAACAACACAUAAUUUUGUUUUGUUACAGAGAACUCUUUAAAACAGACAGUGAGACUUUGCUUCACGCAACGAUAACUAUGGUGACUAUGCAGUUCUUCAAUCACAACUAUAACUACAGAGUUUUCAUUUAAAAAAGGCUUAAUCCAUGAGAUCACUUGUCAUAGACACUGAAGGACCUAUAUUCAUUGCUUAUGCAAUUACAUGUACAUGAUACUGUACAGUAUACUAUGGGUAAAUGUAUUGAGACUUGUAAUUGGAGAGAGAAAUGUUUAUUGUAUUAAAAAGGGUUAUGCUACUUGAUAUUGUUAUUAUAAGGAGGCCUUCAAAGAGAGAAAUCUGUUGGUUCAGUUAUAAGGGAAACAUGUAUUGUUCUUGUUAUAAUAGUGCAUGUGACAUUUCUUGAUCUUGUUAUUAGCUAUAUAUAGGGAGUCAUUAGUUGGUCCUUUUUUAAUGUACAUGUGCAUAUGGGAAUUGAGUAGUUGGUCCUUUUGCAAUUAUAAGGAAUAUGUCAGUUAAUCCUGUUAAAAUGGUGAUAAUAUACAAAAAAGUAAAAAAAUUCAUCAUAGGAGAUAGUAAGUGCUGUUAUAAGGGAGAUACUGUAAAAUCUUAAUUUUUUGUGGGACAUUAAAUUUAGUUUAUUUUGUAGAUAACAAUAAAUCCACGAAAUUAAAU